GGUCUGUGUUGGCAGCAGAUCAGGUGGCACUUGACGAAAAUUCAGUGAAUGUUAGAACACUGCCUCUUGGAGGGUACGCUUUAAUAUCACAGCAUUCGUCCGGAUCUAUCAUAUAUUUCAAUUUUAGUCUUUACAAUGAGAACAAUCAACUAUCUGAUUUAAAAUUUCCACUAAACCCUAUUGUCUCAAACUCAACUGGCGCAUUUGAUAUCUUGCAAAAUAAUAUGAUGCUAGUGGCGCAAAAUGAAUCAUCUACCGCUUAG